AUGCCCGAUUCCACCGCUGCCGACGAUGAUAAUCGCUCCCAAAAGCGCAGCCAUGCAGACUUCGCUGAAGCAGAUGGAUCUGACUCCUCGUCGGACGAUGACAUGGGGCCUCAGCUCCCAUCCGAAGCGCCCAAGAAGAAGCGUCGCGUCCUACCUUACGAGAAGCUUUACAUCUCCGCCCUGCCGAUCUCUGCUCGAUAUUCCAAGUCGCUGAUGCAUAAGGAGCAGUUGCUCUUCGUCACAUGGACACCGUUGACCGAAUUUCUCAUUACCGCUUCCAUUGAUGGCGUGGUGAAAUUUUGGAAGAAGAUCGGCCAAGGCAUUGAGUUUGUCAAGGAAUUCAAGGCGCACAAUGGCGAAAUCAAAUCUGUGUCGGUGAGCAAGGACGGCCGGAGCUUUGCAACCGCUGGUGCUGAUGAGACGGUCAAAAUCUUUGACGUUGUUACCUUUGACCUGUUGGCUAUGCUGUCACUGAGCUACGUGCCCAAAUGUGUCUGCUGGGUGCAUCAGAAAGGCGCAUCUUUCCCUCUCCUGGCGAUCACAGAGGAAGCAAAGCCUUUAAUUCACGUUUACGACGGCCGUGGCGAGAACGAUCAGCCCAUACAUACAAUCAAGGGUCUACACCGAAGCCCAGUCCACUUGAUGACGUUCAACGAUGCCUUUGACUGCGUCGUAUCAGCUGACGAGAACGGCAUGAUUGAAUAUUGGCGGCCGAGUGGGAACUACGAAAAGCCAGACAAUGUGUUCGAAUACAAGAGUGCAACAAACUUGUUCGAAUUUAAAAAAUGGAAAUCAGUCCCAACCUGUCUCACGAUUUCGCCAAACGGCAACACCUUUGCGACACUGUCGUUCCCAGAUCGCAAGAUACGCAUAUUCGACUUCGGCUCCGGCAAGCUUCAACGCACCUACGAUGAAUCUCUACAGGCUAUUGAAGAAAUGCAGCAAGUUGGGUCAGCGUCUCAAAAAUUAGACACUGUUGAAUUUGGCCGAAGACUCGCGCAAGAGCGAGAAGUGGACUCACAAACGCUAAGACACAAGUCCAACAUUAUAUUUGACGAAUCGGGCAACUUCAUUGUGUAUGGGUCUAUGCUGGGCAUCAAGGUCCUGAACACGUACACGAACCAGGUCGUCAAAGUGUAUGGCAAGGAUGAAAACUUUCGAGCUGUCAACCUCGGCAUGUACCAGGGUCAGCCGCAAAAGAAGGGCAUUGUUUCGGUCGAGAUGGGGGCGUCAAGCAACCCUCUGCUGCAGGAAGCGGAGGCCCGAGACCCGAUCCUCGUCGCCACCGGGGUCGGGAAGGUUCGCUUCUACAUGUUCACCAACGAACAGGAUAUAACAAAAGCCAGCCGAGACAUUCAAAAUGAGCGACCAACCAUGUUGGGGAACAAGAAGGAGGGCAAUGCUAAGGCCACGGCGACAGGGAGUGCUGCAGUCCUCCAUACCAAUUAUGGUGACAUCCACAUACGCCUCUUUCCUGAUGCGGCACCGAAGACGGUCGAAAAUUUCGUCACCCACGCGAAGAACGGCUAUUACAACAACACAAUAUUUCACCGAGUGAUCAAGAAAUUCAUGAUCCAGGGUGGCGAUCCACUAGGCGACGGCACGGGCGGCGAAAGUAUUUGGGGCAAGGAGUUUGAGGACGAAUUUAGCAGCCUAAAACACGACAAGCCUUUUACUGUGAGCAUGGCAAAUGCCGGGCCCAACACUAAUGGAAGCCAAUUCUUCAUCACUACAGAGAAGACGCCCUGGCUGGAUGGCAAACAUACCAUAUUUGGACGAGCCACUCAGGGCUUCGACGUUAUUCAGAACAUCGAGAAUGUCAGGACGUAUAAAGAAAAACCAGAAGAAGACAUCAAAAUACUCAAUAUCGAUAUCACAUAG